AUGGCUGAGCGAUUAAACAAAAUUGAUGACAGCAAUACGGGUCGCUUGGAAUCAAUGAGUGCACAACAAAUGGAUUUCUUGAAACGUUUGGACUCAUUGGAAUUGAUAGAACGCAUGACAAAACGUGAUGUUGAAGAAUUGAAAGGUGAUAACUUUCCUAAACGAAAAAGAAACAAUCGCAAUUCAUUUGAAGGGCAUGUUGAAGAGAUUGUUAAGUCUCGCGAGACACGUCAAGUAAGUGCAGGUGCACAAGAUGAUCAAGUUGAUCCAUUAUACAAGAGACCGACGUUAACCGAUUCUCAAAAAUUGGAUGCAAUCGCAACAUUAUUAACAGAAACGACACGUAAAGUACAGUCAUUACGAAAUGAAUUGGUUUCAAACAUCACCAGUUUAAGUCAAACCACGAGUCAUUUACAUAGACGCUUAAACGUCCUCCAGCGCCGUCAACAGAAUGGUGUAGGCGUACAUCAACAAUACCUUCCACCAGUACAACCUCCAGUAUUCUAUGCUCCUCCAAGUACUUCACAACCACUGAUCACCAGCUGUGCACAGAAUGCAGUCACUGACAAUAGCAUAUUAAGACUACAGUUAACAGAAACAUCCGUACCAUUUUAUGUACGCUGUGAUGAGAGUUUCAAAAACGGCGGUUGGACUAUAAUAUUUAAUCGUUUCUUGGGUGACACGAGUUUUCAACGAGAUUGGGCUGAAUAUAAAAGUGGUUUCGGCAAUUUGGCUGGUGACUUCUUUAUAGGCCUGGAGAAAUUACAUGCACUCACUUCAUCUGCAGUUCAUGAAUUAGUCGUAAUUCUGGAAGACUUUGCGAAUGAGCAAGCCUAUGCCAGAUACAAUCUUUUUGGAAUUGGUAGUGAGGAUGAAGGAUAUGCUUUAAAUUUACUUGGAAACUAUACAGGCACUGCUGGAGAUUCACUUACAUAUCACGCUGGUUAUAAGUUUUCAACUUACGAUAUGGAUAACGAUGGUUGCUUGGAGUGUAAUUGCGCGCAAGCGCAUAUGGGCGCUUGGUGGUAUAAUUGGUGCGAACAAAGCAAUCUUUUCGGCAAGUACUACUUGGACAACUAUAGCAGUGCGCCAUCAUUUCAAGGUAUGUAUUGGCAUCAUUUUCGUGGUCCCAAUUACUCGCUACGUGCGGCAAGAAUGAUGAUUCGUCCGGUGGCAGCAGGAGACGCGACUACUGAGAGGCGUUAAUAAGCUUAAUAAAUUCACUCAAACUUGAUCGCUUCAGGGACUUAAUUCGAUUGAAUUCGAAUAUUUUCGCUCGUUUCUUAUACUCACUGCUGAAUAGAAUUUGUGUUCAAUACUUUUACUUUAGUCUCGUGUAUGUGUACGAAAUUAUUUCGCCAAAUCUUUUACAUUUUGUAAAACGAAGUUAGUUUUUAACAAUUUUACAUUUAAAUUUAACUUUGUUAAUGCAUUUAGA